AGCAACUACAAAUGGGUUUUUGAAGCAUUUGGCAGACAAGUCUUUUGACCCCUUCACCGCCUUCCAAAAUACCUCUCUCUCUCCCAAAAUACAGAGAUAAGAAAUACCUCUUCACCGCCUUCUAGGGUUUGCUCUGAUUUUCUCCACGGAGCGAAUCAGAGCAAAUCAGCUCCUGUCAAUCUUUGCUCUAGUACUCUUAAUCCUCUCACAGGGUUUUUCAAUGAUCUUGUUAUAGUUAGAUCCCGUUUUCUCUCGGAUUUAAUUUCUAGAUCUAGAAAUUUCUCUUUUGUUCUUUUAGUUUCAUACCAGGGUACUGUUUUCUCUCAAGAUGAAAGGUUGGGUUUUGUUCUUCUGCUUCGAAGAAAGCAACACAUAUCAUCAUCUUCUGUGCUCAUGUAUCGGAUUUUAUUUGGUCUUGUUCUAGUUUCUGCUAAAGGCUUGUCCAGCUUCUCUAACAGGGGUUUCUCUAGUUCAUAUUUGCUUUUUUGUGGUGUAAUAAUUGUGAUUUGCAACAACUAUUUUCUCCACGGCAAGCUACUCCGGCAGGUACCAGAUUUGGAUGAAAGUCAAGAUAUUGUUGUAUCAACUAGGGAAGAAUGUUGUGUUGUAAUCGGUGAUUGUUAUCCCCAGGAGGUACCUGGUUUACCAACUAGGGUUAAUUAUUCUUUAGAUCUUGUGAUUGUGUCUGUAAUUUUGAUUGUAUGGGUUGUUUGUAAACUGAUGAUUUUAUGCUUGAAGUUUGGUGAUGAUCUUCUUCUAGAGAUAUAUUACCCCAUCUUUGGUUUGCAUUUUCUGGCCGGUGGAGGAGCUCUGACGAGUGGAAUUUGCACGCCGUGCGAAGAAUGGAUCAGUUUUGGAUUUUUCGCAUCUCUCCUUGUGGAGGAGGGGUUGUCAGUUGUAUUGGAAAAAAAUUCAUCCGAGUCUGAUCAUGCACCAACGAUCAGCUCUCCCGUAUAGAGUUGCGGGUGUUACUGUUACCGUCACUGUUACCGUUUGAUGGCCCGGUCACUAUUAUUGGAUUAUGGUUACAGGAUUCUGGUUACGAGAUUCUACUGUUUGGAAAUCGCAUAGCGUUGUAUUUACUGAUUUUGUGUAUGUUCUGUAACUUCAAGGUUUUUAUUAAGGGAUUUGCAUGUAUAUUAUUACAUAUACGGUAGUUAAAUUAGAAUCUUGUAUGUUAGGAAACAUAUUAAUUUAGCAAAAAAAUUUCACCAUAUUUGUAAAGGCGUAUUAGG